GUCGUCUCCGCUCUCUUAUCCGGGCUUUCGCAGCCUACCCCAUCCUCACCCGUCCUCUGCCGUGCUUCCGGCUUACCAACUUCCACAGUGAAGCUCAUCAUCCCUCAUCUUAACAGAUAGGAUCCUAUCGGGAAUUAUGGGAAACUCGCAGACGAAAGAGACCCGACCGUCUCACUCACAAUCGUCCCGUCGGAGCCACCAAUGGGGUUCUGGCAGCAGUCAUGGAAGAUCCCCGUACGGUGACCGACACAACUCGGAGGGUUCUAGAUCGCAUCGAAGCAGCAGACCCGAUCUGUCUAUUCUCGGAUUAGGCGGGAGCUCAGAUCGUGAUGUUGCGACGAUACUUGAACAUCGGCGAGAAACCAAACAGGAGCGAGAAGCUCGUCGUCUGGAGAAGGAGCGUGCGGCUCGGAUAAAAGAGCGCGAAAGGAGCAUGAGGGAGGAACAUGUUGAUGGCGGUUACUUGGUAACGCAAGGAGUCUAUACAGGGACGGAAGAUUUCAAUAAGGCUAUAGUCCGCCAGUUGAUGAUUGAACGCCGACUUGCGCCGUUCUGGAGGGGUCUGAAUGACUUCUCGGAUUCAUGGACUGAGCACCAACUUAUGGCGGCAGCGCGCGGCUUGCCGAUUCCACCGCCUGAUGAAAUCCCUCCUGAACUGGAAUAUAGGAAUCCGCCAAAGGUUGUCGAGGAGGCCAAAGAAGCAUCAAAUAUACAGUCUGUUCAGCAUUUGAUGGUUCCAAUAACGUCUCGAUCCGCAUCUAAUGGUUCCGAUGUAUCUCAUUCAUCCCAACCCGCCCAUUCGCUACCUUCUCCCUCAUCGCCGAUUGCAUCCGGCACAUCGAGCUCGCCUCUUUUUCGAUCUCGCGCGAAGACACUGGCUUCUUUAACAACCUCCAGGCAUAACUCCCAGGUUGACUCGACCCCUCAAGAGAUACAGCUGCCUCGGGAUCCUUUCGUCAAUGGCCAGCCCAUUGAGGCAUAUCUCUAUAAGGAUGCCAUCGAGUGUCCCAUCUGCUUCCUUUACUACCCUCCCUACCUCAAUCGUACUAGAUGUUGCGAUCAACCCAUCUGCUCCGAAUGUUUUGUGCAGAUUAAACGACCCGAUCCUCAUCCUCCAGAGCACGCCGACUCGGACUCGAACGCUCCAAAUCCAGCAGGCGAAACGGAAAGGCAGGACGUUCAAGAUAUUCAGCUUGUCUCUGAACCAGCAGCAUGCCCAUUUUGUGUCCAGCCAGAAUUCGGGGUGGCAUAUGUACCCCCUCCUUUCCGUAGAGGACUAGCCUACGCCUCCGAUUCGAGUGGCCGGCCAAACAUAGGAACACCAGUGUCAUCUACAUCGUCGCUAUCUUCGGCAACUACUCCUACCACUGGUCGACGGCGUGCAACAUCAUUAUCUGCAACAGAUCCGAGUGUUAUAACUACAGACAAGGUGCGGCCAGAUUGGGCGCAGAAACUGGCCAAUGCUCGUGCACAUGCGGCCCGAAGAUCUGCGGCGGCUACCGCUUUACAUACCGCGGCUUAUCUAAUGAAUUCUAAUGGCUCCGGAGGCGAUACUCGAGGAUUUAGUAUGAGGAGAGGUGUUAUGCGGCGCAAUAACGGUGGACAAGACUCCCCGGGUACACCAGGUAGAAGCGGAUCGCCAGCGCUACAAGCGUUCGCUUUCUUGACAGAUAGGCGCGCACCAUCUGGACAAGAAACGGACUCGGCUGAAGAGGGCACAAGCAAUCUUGCUCCCCCUCGGAACAGUUCAAGAAGGUCACGCAUGGAUGACUUGGAGGAGAUGAUGAUGAUGGAAGCUAUCCGGCUGAGUCUGGCAAGCGAAGAAGAGAGGCGUAAGAGAGAGGAGAAGGAAUUGAGAAAAGAGGCCAAAAGGCGAGAAAAAGAAGCCAAGAAAGCGGAAAAAAUGGCUCGUAAAGCUGGCUUAUAUAGCAACAAUGCGAGUAGCUCGGCUCUGGAGUCACCAUCAGAUUCCAGACUGCCCAAGGUUACAAGCAGCUCUUCUUCUAUCAUCGGCGAAGAAAGAACUCCGCCGGGUAAGGGCAAGGCAGUGGAAAGAGUCACUCCGUCCCAGAGUAACGUCGACCUGACCGAAACUGCUAGCUCUGGUGAUGUACCGAGCAGUUUCUUAGAGCCUCAACAACCUCAGUCAUCCUCGUCCCUCGGCCCGCCGGUACCCAAGGAGCCUUCCAAGCCUUCACACCUGCGUCAUGUGUCCAGCGCUUCCUCAUCAUUCUCGUCUCUCGUCGAGUCCAUGUCCGAGGAGCCUGGGCUCUCGGCCCAGCCACACGAAGGUACCAGCUCAUCAGCGGAACCAUUGUUCAACUUCCGCAGUCUAGCCGCCGUUAUUGGCGACGAGGACAAAUCAGAUGAAGCGGCGGAACAUGUUGAAGACACUGCCCCUCACACGACAUCAGAAGGGUCAACUUCGAGCGCAGCGAACCUGACAACCGCUCCGGCUGGUGAGUCAGCUGUGUCAACUUCUAGUACGGCCGUGGAAAAAGGCCCUACGGUUGAAGAAAGCCAAGAAUGCUCGGUCAACAAGGAGAUUGAGACACGGUCCAUGGAGGUCACUGAUAGCAGGAAUUCGGAGACCACAUCAUGA